AUGCUCCAAUCAGAUUCUCCUCGAGCAGCAGGGAUCCCCCACCAGCUGAUCCAGGCCACUCACAAGACUCCUGGCCAAGAGCAAUUCUUUAGGGACACAAAAGACACAAGUGAGCAGGUGAAAAGUGGAACCAACGGAUCACAGCCCCACCAAGCCAAACACCAAACCAUUCCGGAGCACCGUAGGUGCCUUUCCAAAGAGACAGCCCAGUAUAUUUCAUUUCCAAAAAGAUUGCAGGAACCAGAAACAGAAUCAAUUCGACAAAAAAGCCAGGAUGGAUGUAAAAAGAACUUUGACAAGAGAAUUCAUGUUGGAGAAAACCCUUGUGAAUGCAAUGACUGUGGGAAAGGUUUCCAUCAUAGGUCAAAACUUAGCAUACAUCAGAGGGCACAUACUAGAAAAAGUCCUUAUCAAUGCAAUGACUGUGGGAAAAUGUUUAUUAAUGACUCAAAACUUAUUUUACAUCAGAGGAUUCAUACUGGUGAGAAGCCUUUUAAAUGUAAUGAUUGUGGGAAAUUCUUCAGUCAUAGGUCAAAACUUAUUAUACACCAGAGAAUUCAUACUGGUGAGAAACCUUUUAAAUGUCAUGAUUGUGGCAAGGCCUUUAUUCGGAGUUCCCACCUCCUUCAACACCAGAGAAUUCAUACUGAUGAGAAGCCAUUUAAAUGUGAUAAAUGUGGGAAGGCCUUUAAUCAGAAUUCCAACCUCCUUCAACACCAGAGAAUUCAUACUGGUGAGAAGCCAUUUAAAUGUGAUGAUUGUGGGAAGGCCUUUAAUAGGAAUUCCAACCUCCUUCAACACCAGAGAAUUCAUACUGGUGAGAAGCCAUUUCAAUGUAAUGAUUGUGGGAGGACCUUUAAUCAGAAUUCCAACCUCUCUGUUCACCAAAGAAUUCAUACUAGUGAGAGGCCAUUUCAAUGUAAUGAUUGUGGGAAGGCCUUUAAUCAGAAUUCCCACCUCCUUCAUCACCAGAGAAUUCAUACUGGUGAGAAGCCAUUUCAAUGUCAUGAUUGUGGGAAGGCCUUUAAUCGGAAUUCCCACCUCCUUCAGCACCAUAGAAUUCAUACUGGUGAGAAGCCAUUUCAUUGUCAUGAUUGUGGGAAGGCCUUUAAUCAGAGUUCCCACCUCCUUCAACACCAGAGAAUUCAUACUGGUGAGAAGCCAUUUCAAUGUCAUGAUUGUGGGAAGGCCUUUAAUCAGAGUUCCCACCUCCUUCAACAUCAGAGAAUUCAUACUGGUGAGAAGCCAUUUAAAUGUAAUGAUUGUGGGAAGGCCUUUAAUCAGAGUUCAAAUUUAAUUGUCCAUCAGAGAAUUCAUACUGGAAAGCUUAUUAAAAAAUCAUGAAUGUGGUAAAGAUUUCAAUAAGAGAACAAACUUCCUGGUACAUCAGAGAAUUCACACUGGUGAGGAACCUUAUAAAUGUGAAGGCUGUGAGAAAGUCCU